CAGAGGGCGCUAGUUUACAUGGAUGAGAACGUGGUCUUUUUGUAAAGAAAUUCGGAGUUUUUGAAAAAAGUUUAGAGUCAAUUGAAAGGUCAAAAUGAGUCGAUUUUUUGCUACGGGAUCGGAAUCUGAGUCCGAAUCAUCAUCAUCUGAAGAAGAACAGGCACAGUCAAAGACAACAGGAAUAACUUCCACAUUUACAUUUAGUGAUGAAGAAGAAGAAACUAAGAGAGUUGUACGAAGUGCAAGGGAAAAGAGAUAUGAAGAAUUGGUGGAUAUUAUUAAGCAAGUAAAAAAUCAUAAGAAAAUUAAAGAUAUGAGCAAGCUGCUGACAAGUUUUGAAAAUUUAAGUCGCGCUUUCAUGAAAGCUAAACCAGUUAUAGAUAAAGAAGAAGGUGGAAUGACUCCAAAGUUUUACAUUCGUUGCCUUGUGGAAUUAGAAGAUUUUAUUAACAAUGUAUGCAUUUUUAGUUAUUAUCAUUUUAAAGGAGAACAUUUAUUGAUAAAAUUUGAAGGGCCAAUUCUCUAUACUGAUCGAAUUCGUACUCAAGCAAUGCUUUGUCAUAUUUAUCAUCAUGCUCUGCAUGAUAAUUGGUUUGAAGCAAGAGAUUUAAUGUUGAUGUCUCAUCUGCAAGAAAAUAUCCAACAUUCUGAUGUUCCUACUCAGGAUAAACCUUCAAACUAUGAAGUUAACAGAUCUGAUGAUGAAAUUCAGGAUGAAGACUUCAUUAAAAAACCAAUUAUAAAGGAGGAGAAAGAAGAAUUAAAAUCUAAAUUUAUUAAAGGAUCAGAUGAUGAGGAAUCUGAUGAUGAUUCAUUGGAUUGGGGUUCUUCGUCAGAAGAAGAAAGUUCUUUAUCUAGCGAUGAUGAAAAAUAUGCUGGAAAUCUUGCUGCAAAGUUUUUGAAAAAAUCAGCAGAUGAGCAAAAAGAAAUGAAGAAACGAGAGAAAAAGAGAGAUAAAGAAAGAAAAGAAAGAAAACGUGAAGAUGAUGAUGAUGAUGAAGGUAAAUGGGAAGAAGUGAAAGGAGGUGUUCCUUUAAUUAUGGAAAAACCAAAAAUGUUUGCAAAAGAUGCUGAAAUUAAUCAUCAGGUAGUUUUAAAAAAGCUUACUGAAAUUCUUGCUGCUAGAGGGAAAAAAGGAACUGAUCGUAGUGAACAAAUAGAUUUACUUAAUGAAUUGAUGGAUACUGUUAAAACUCAUGCUCUGGGUCCAGCAAUGGAAGUAAAAAUCAUGUUUGCUAUUAUUUCUGCUAUAUAUGAUUAUAAUCCAAAUAUUGCAACUUGUAUGAAAAUAGAAAUGUGGCAGAAAUGUUUGGAAUUCAUAAAUAAAUUACUUGACAUAUUAGUUGCUAAUUCUUCAAUAAAUGUUGGAGAACACAUUUCUGAGGAUUCUGAAGUGUUUUCAUCAGUACCUUAUCGUGUGAGAGGAUGUAUACUUACAAUGAUUGAAAGAAUGGAUGAAGAAUUUACAAAAAUGCUUCAGGGAUGUGAUGCACAUUCUCCAGAAUAUGUAGAACGUCUUAAAGAUGAAAAAGAAGUUUGCCAAAUAAUUCAGAGAGUACAGGAUUACUUAGAAGAGAGAGGAACACCAUCUGAAUUGUGCCGUAUAUAUCUACGUCAUAUAGAACAUCUAUACUAUAAGUUUGAUCAAAAUGUCUUUAAAUGGAAAGAAAGUCGAUCGCAUAAAGAGGAAAAAGAACAACAACCUGAAAAUGCUGUAAAUGGAGAAAAAGAAUCAGAAGAAGAGAAAAAGGAUGAUGUACCAGAAGAACCAAACGAAACGAGUUUAUUGAUUAUGGACAGACUUUGUAAAUUUAUUUAUGUUAAAGAUAGUACUGAUCGAAUUCGUACUCAAGCAAUGCUUUGUCAUAUUUAUCAUCAUGCUCUGCAUGAUAAUUGGUUUGAAGCAAGAGAUUUAAUGUUGAUGUCUCAUCUGCAAGAAAAUAUCCAACAUUCUGAUGUUCCUACUCAGAUUUUACAACUAAACAACAAUCACCAUAGUAGGAAGCACAUUGAACGAGAGAAACCUUGUAGUAUUGCCAUGAAAGGUUUUUCUCAAUCUACAGGAAUUUUGGAUGAAUCUGAUGAUGAUUCAUUGGAUUGGGGUUCUUCGUCAGAAGAAGAAAGUUCUUUAUCUAGCGAUGAUGAAAAAUAUGCUGGAAAUCUUGCUGCAAAGUUUUUGAAAAAAUCAGCAGAUGAGCAAAAAGAAAUGAAGAAACGAGAGAAAAAGAGAGAUAAAGAAAGAAAAGAAAGAAAACGUGAAGAUGAUGAUGAUGAUGAAGGUAAAUGGGAAGAAGUGAAAGGAGGUGUUCCUUUAAUUAUGGAAAAACCAAAAAUGUUUGCAAAAGAUGCUGAAAUUAAUCAUCAGGUAGUUUUAAAAAAGCUUACUGAAAUUCUUGCUGCUAGAGGGAAAAAAGGAACUGAUCGUAGUGAACAAAUAGAUUUACUUAAUGAAUUGAUGGAUACUGUUAAAACUCAUGCUCUGGGUCCAGCAAUGGAAGUAAAAAUCAUGUUUGCUAUUAUUUCUGCUAUAUAUGAUUAUAAUCCAAAUAUUGCAACUUGUAUGAAAAUAGAAAUGUGGCAGAAAUGUUUGGAAUUCAUAAAUAAAUUACUUGACAUAUUAGUUGCUAAUUCUUCAAUAAAUGUUGGAGAACACAUUUCUGAGGAUUCUGAAGUGUUUUCAUCAGUACCUUAUCGUGUGAGAGGAUGUAUACUUACAAUGAUUGAAAGAAUGGAUGAAGAAUUUACAAAAAUGCUUCAGGGAUGUGAUGCACAUUCUCCAGAAUAUGUAGAACGUCUUAAAGAUGAAAAAGAAGUUUGCCAAAUAAUUCAGAGAGUACAGGAUUACUUAGAAGAGAGAGGAACACCAUCUGAAUUGUGCCGUAUAUAUCUACGUCAUAUAGAACAUCUAUACUAUAAGUUUGAUCAAAAUGUCUUUAAAUGGAAAGAAAGUCGAUCGCAUAAAGAGGAAAAAGAACAACAACCUGAAAAUGCUGUAAAUGGAGAAAAAGAAUCAGAAGAAGAGAAAAAGGAUGAUGUACCAGAAGAACCAAACGAAACGAGUUUAUUGAUUAUGGACAGACUUUGUAAAUUUAUUUAUGUUAAAGAUAGUACUGAUCGAAUUCGUACUCAAGCAAUGCUUUGUCAUAUUUAUCAUCAUGCUCUGCAUGAUAAUUGGUUUGAAGCAAGAGAUUUAAUGUUGAUGUCUCAUCUGCAAGAAAAUAUCCAACAUUCUGAUGUUCCUACUCAGGAAUCUGAUGAUGAUUCAUUGGAUUGGGGUUCUUCGUCAGAAGAAGAAAGUUCUUUAUCUAGCGAUGAUGAAAAAUAUGCUGGAAAUCUUGCUGCAAAGUUUUUGAAAAAAUCAGCAGAUGAGCAAAAAGAAAUGAAGAAACGAGAGAAAAAGAGAGAUAAAGAAAGAAAAGAAAGAAAACGUGAAGAUGAUGAUGAUGAUGAAGGUAAAUGGGAAGAAGUGAAAGGAGGUGUUCCUUUAAUUAUGGAAAAACCAAAAAUGUUUGCAAAAGAUGCUGAAAUUAAUCAUCAGGUAGUUUUAAAAAAGCUUACUGAAAUUCUUGCUGCUAGAGGGAAAAAAGGAACUGAUCGUAGUGAACAAAUAGAUUUACUUAAUGAAUUGAUGGAUACUGUUAAAACUCAUGCUCUGGGUCCAGCAAUGGAAGUAAAAAUCAUGUUUGCUAUUAUUUCUGCUAUAUAUGAUUAUAAUCCAAAUAUUGCAACUUGUAUGAAAAUAGAAAUGUGGCAGAAAUGUUUGGAAUUCAUAAAUAAAUUACUUGACAUAUUAGUUGCUAAUUCUUCAAUAAAUGUUGGAGAACACAUUUCUGAGGAUUCUGAAGUGUUUUCAUCAGUACCUUAUCGUGUGAGAGGAUGUAUACUUACAAUGAUUGAAAGAAUGGAUGAAGAAUUUACAAAAAUGCUUCAGGGAUGUGAUGCACAUUCUCCAGAAUAUGUAGAACGUCUUAAAGAUGAAAAAGAAGUUUGCCAAAUAAUUCAGAGAGUACAGGAUUACUUAGAAGAGAGAGGAACACCAUCUGAAUUGUGCCGUAUAUAUCUACGUCAUAUAGAACAUCUAUACUAUAAGUUUGAUCAAAAUGUCUUUAAAUGGAAAGAAAGUCGAUCGCAUAAAGAGGAAAAAGAACAACAACCUGAAAAUGCUGUAAAUGGAGAAAAAGAAUCAGAAGAAGAGAAAAAGGAUGAUGUACCAGAAGAACCAAACGAAACGAGUUUAUUGAUUAUGGACAGACUUUGUAAAUUUAUUUAUGUUAAAGAUAGUACUGAUCGAAUUCGUACUCAAGCAAUGCUUUGUCAUAUUUAUCAUCAUGCUCUGCAUGAUAAUUGGUUUGAAGCAAGAGAUUUAAUGUUGAUGUCUCAUCUGCAAGAAAAUAUCCAACAUUCUGAUGUUCCUACUCAGAUUUUAUACAACAGAGCUCUAGUUCAGCUAGGUCUUUGCUCAUUUCGUCAUGGUAAUAUUAAAGAUGCACAUAAUGCAUUAUUGGACAUUCAAAGUGGUGGAAGAGCAAAAGAAUUAUUGGCACAGGGUCUUUUGCCUCAACGACAACAUGAACGAACAACAGAACAAGAGAAGAUAGAGAAAAGAAGACAAGUGCCAUUUCAUAAGCAUAUAAAUUUAGAAUUAUUAGAAUGUGUUUAUUUGGUUUCAGCAAUGUUAUUGGAAAUUCCAUAUAUGUCAGCUCAUGAAUUAGAUGGACGUAAAAGAAUGAUUAGCAAAUCUUUUCAUCACCAGCUUCGAAACAGUGAACGCCAACCUCUUGUUGGCCCUCCGGAAAGUAUGCGAGAACAUGUAGUUGCUGCCUCAAAAGCUAUGAGGAUUGGUAACUGGAGACAAUGUAAAAACUAUAUUAUAAAUGAAAAAAUGAAUGCAAAGGUGUGGGAUCUGUUCUAUCAAGCAGAUAAAGUUAGAGACAUGAUAUCUCAGAAAAUCCAAGAAGAAUCAUUAAGAACAUAUCUUUUCACAUACAGUCAUGUUUAUGAUUCUAUUUCCAUGAAUAUAUUAUCUGAAAUGUUUGAAUUAGAUAAAUCUGUUGUACAUAGUAUUAUUAGUAAAAUGAUCAUAAAUGAAGAACUUAUGGCUUCAUUGGAUGAACCAACUCAGACAGUAGUUAUGCAUCGUACUGAACCUUCCCGCAUUCAAGCUCUUUCUUUACAAUUGGCUGAUAAAGUAACUAAUUUGAUUGAUCAAAAUGAAAGACUUGCUGAAGUAAAACAAGGAUCAUUCUUUGGACGAAGCAUGGGCCAGCAAUCAGGCUUCAGGGAUUCAAGUUAUCAGAAAAAUGUAUAUAAUCAGCAAGGAAAUUUUAGAGAAGUUAAUUAUCAAAAAGGAACUUACAGUCAAUCUUCUAACUUUAGAGACAGCAGUUAUCAGAAAACAGCUUAUGGAGCAGAUAGAUGGGUUUUUUGAUUUGACGAGAGAAGGCAAGAAAACACAUGAAUAAUAUGCCAGGGAAAUGGAAUAAUUCUCGAGAAGACUUUCUACCAUACCGAUACCAUAUUUCAGGUAUUGUACACACCCAAAGAAAAUCGGAAAAACUUCACGGAACCAGUCCGUUGGUCAAGCGCCAACCCAGAAAUUUUUCGGCGGGUCGUCUCGGAUACAUCGGACUCGCCCUUCAUCCGGCCAUUCCACAAUUGGCGUGGAAAAAAACGCCUUUUUUUUAUAUUCACAGGG